AUCUGAGAGUACUCACAGCGUGGAAUUCCACCGGUUCACCAACACCAAGAUGCGCCGAGUCCUGAUUGCCGCGGCGAAGAACGGUGUGGCGUUCCCGUAUGAGAAGGACAGCUCUGCGCUAGUGUUGUCGUGCCCUCAAGGCGUGUAUAGCGCCGCCCGCACCGUCAAUUCCAAGUUUGUGUUUGCUCUCGACAGCCACUUGAAGCGACUCGUUCAACCGACAAAAGCUAUUGUGAAGGAUGCCAGCGACGACGAACUCGCCCGACGAGUGGCACCUCGUGUGCUAGCGACUCUUCGUGCAGCCAUGGACGAUUUGAAGAGCCACCAUACCCUUCCCGACGAUCAGGAGUUUAAAUUGACCAUGAUCAUGCAACCUUUUCCUACGGCAACCAAGAUGACCGAUGUUGUGGGGGACCAUGGCGAUGUGUUUUGCCAUGUUGGAUUGCUCCAUCCAAAGGAAUCGUCGAAUGUCAAGGUCGAAGUGGCAGGUCAACCUCGAAGCAACCCCCUCGUGAAGGACUUGCAAUGGGCAAAGGACCGCCAAGCGCUUUAUGAUGCAAUGACUCCUGGCACGGAAGAGAUCAUAUUGAUGGACCCCACGACACGACGACUGUACGAAGGCUCACAAACAAAUUUCUUUGUUGUCCAGAACAAUGCAGUGGUGACGGCAGAAGAGGGGAUUCUCAAGGGUACCAUGCGAGACCUAGUCUUGGAGAGCUGCGCGACACUGAAGAUUCCGGUGGAACUGCGGUCCCCUAGCUUGGACGAAGUGGACGAAUGGAGCGGCGCAUUCGUCACGAGCACGUCCCGGGUGCUCAUGCCGAUCCAAUCCUUUGUGUAUCCUGCCCGAACGGAAGAUGGAGGAAGCAUCACUCGCGAAAAGACGUGGGCUAGUUGCUCCAUUGUCGACAGGCUCCAUCGCCACAUGUUUGAAACCGUGCAAUCGCAUUCGACCAAAGUGUUUGACUAGAUUAGCCAAUCAAAUGGUAGAAAAAGUAAAUCCAUCCAAUCAAAAAAGCGGAAAUCAAACCAGCCAAUCAAAAUCAAGUGAAAC